CCCUAUCAUUGGCGAAUGGCGUGCCUGGACGAAACCAUACUCGGCGUCAGUUUGCCGUACGUCUUAUACAUAGUAUCCUUAAUAGUACGGACCCUGGCCAGAACACUCUCCCUACGGCUGCUCCCGUAGACAAUAUCUCAGGCCUGGACGGCUACUCGGCAUCUCAAGCGCCAAUCAAGAAUGUAGACAAAGACAGGAGCUGCUGGGACCGAGUGGCUGAGUUUCAGUGAACAGAGAGGCCUCUCAGUUGGCUGAGGGUACUUAAGAGCUCGUUCCUAGCUGUGGGAUUACUGACUUGAACAAUACAAUACACAGACAGCACUAAUAAACAAACAAAUCUCCUUCAUCACCUACUCACUACCUUUCCUCUUCUUAUCCAGAUCCAUCACUCCAUCUCCCUCGAAUCAUUCAAGAUGCCCGCCGCCAUGGAACCCACUCAGCAAGCCCCCAUGACCUCUGAUAACGGAGACAUCGUCACACAGCAGCCUAGCGCUGAGCCUCAGCCUGAUAUGACCAUGCGUGGUGGUGAGGAGGCUGGCUGUGAGAUCUGCUGUGGUCUCUGCGCCUGCGAUGAGGGAUGCUGCUAAGCAGACAGACUCACGUAGAGUGUUCUGAGCAGAAUAGACUGCUCGGGAUUGGAGUUUGGGUAGCAUUGUUAUCGUGAUUUAGCAACUCCCGUCUGGAUGGUUGAUCCAGUGGAGCAAUAAACUACAUUCAAAACAUCUGAUGCCUUCAUGAUAUAGGCUUUAUGUCUAAUAGUAACCUAAACCAGAGAUCUGGGACAGAUUCUAUGUCAGUUUGGCCGAACCCUUUUGAGGAAUCCGUCUUCCGUAUCCACCUACGCCUGAAGGCUCGUAGUACAAAGAUCAGCGAACCAAUAGAUAGGCAUUUAUACAGAGUCUUAGAUAAAUAUGCAAUAUUGCGAUCAUCCACAGAAUACAAAUCAGACUGGAUUUCAAAAUUGGUACGGUGGUGUUGUAUGUGUGCCGUGUUUUUCAGGAACCUAAUCAUACUGGCUUGUUCAUACUGCCUAAAUAGAACAAGUUCAUCCUAUC